UUUCUGGCACGGUACAAAAGCCAUACAUAGCCACACUGCCACACUCAUUGCGUGUGUGUCGAAGACGGCCGGGCGCUGCUAGAUCUACCAAGCACUCGAUCAGCUUUCAGCUCUGGGUGUUAGCCAGCAAGAACCCAUCGGUCGAUCGAUCGAUCCAUGGCGCCUGCUGCUCAGGAGCUGCUGCUGCAAGAAGUGCCGCAGCCUCGCCGCACCGGCGCGGCCCUCAUCGUGGGCGCCACCGGCUACAUCGGCCGUUUCGUCGCCGAGGCCUGCCUCGACAGCGGCCGCGACACCUUCAUCCUCGUCCGCCCCGGGAACGCCUGCCCCGCGCGCGCCGCCUCCGUCGACGCGCUCCGCCAGAAAGGCGCCGUCGUCAUCGAGGGCUGCGUCGGGGGGAAGGAGGGGAGGAAGUCCGUGGAGGCGGCGCUCCGCGCGCGCGGCGUCGAGGUGGUGAUCUCGGUGAUGGGCGGCGCCAGCAUCCUCGACCAGCUCGGCCUCAUCGAGGCCAUCCGAGCUGCAGGCACGGUCAAAAGGUUUCUGCCGUCGGAGUUCGGGCACGACGUGGACAGGGCGCGGCCGGUGGGGGCGGGGCUGAGGUUCUACGAGGAGAAGCGGCUGGUGCGGCGGGCGGCGGAGGCGUCGGGCGUGCCGUACACCUUCAUCUGCUGCAACUCCAUCGCCGGCUGGCCCUACCACGACAGCACGCACCCGUCCGAGCUGCCGCCGCCGCUCGACCGCUUCCAGAUCUACGGCGACGGCGACGUCAGAGCUUUCUUCGUGGCUGGAAGCGACAUUGGUAAGUUCACCAUCAGGGCUGCCUACGACGCCCGGAGCAUCAACAAGAUCGUGCACUUCCGUCCCGCCUGCAAUCUCCUCAGCACGAACGAGAUGGCGUCGCUGUGGGAGAGCAAGAUCGGCCGGACACUGCCACGCGUGACGCUUACCGAGGAGGACUUGAUCGCCAUGGCUGCAGAUGACAUCAUCCCGGAGAGCAUAGUCGCUUCACUGACGCAUGACAUUUUUAUAAACGGUUGCCAGACACAUUUCUACAUAGACGGGCCUAGAGACAUUGAAAUCUCAAGCCUUUACCCUGAUAUUCCCUUCAGAACAAUAGACGAAUGCUUCGACGACUACAUACAUGUCCUCAACCUAGCAGAGGAAGCUAAAGAAGAGGAGGAGAAGAAGAACGCGCCAACAGUUGGGAGAUUGGCAAUACCACCUACUUGUGCUUAGGUCCUCAUAAGAAGUCCUGAAACAAUUACCUUCUCGUGUUUCUUCCACCGUCCAUGUAUCCAUCCGAUUUGAUUGUCUGAAACUAUGUUUUAUUUAUGUGUAUCUAUCUAGACCAUGGAAUUGAUGUACCAUUAAUUACUACGUGUCUGUUUGGAAGAUGUUUUUAUUCCUUUUUAGAUUGGUUUGGCAAAUUUGAAAUUAUCAUCAUCUCAAUAUCCAACAGU